AUAGUUAUGGAAAUUCUUAAUGAGGGACCAGUAGUCGAAUAUCGUCCAUCUUUUAUGGAAGGAUUAGAACUUGAUGCCUUCUUCCGAAGUAAUCGAAUUGCGUUAGAGGUACAAGGGGCUCAACAUCGGCUUCAUAACACUAGCUGGUAUAAGGAUGUCAAAAAACUCGAGAAUAUUGUUAAUCGUGAUUGGAAGAAAAGAUGCAUAUGUCAAGAUAACGGAAUCUUUCUUCUUGAGGUAUGGUAUGAUGAAGAACCGGAAAUUGUUAUUCCUAAAAGGAUUCAAAAAAUUCAGGAGUUUGUUAAUAAAACAGAAUCUUAA